AUGUUCAUCGCGGGGAUCAAUAAAAAGCCCAAGUUCGAAGAGAAAAAGGCCAUCAUCGAAGAGAAGGUUGGGAUCGCAUUCGCUUUAGAGAACGUGGAGAUGCGACACAGCACGGGAAGCCUCCGGCUCCCGGCCCCGCCGAGCACCACCAGCGACGCUGGCGCGACGCCGGCGGCUAGCGCGCUGCAGCGAGAGCUGUUCACCAAGAAAGGCGGCGUCCGGCGGUUCAGCUGGGGCUGGAGGAAGGAGCAGCAGCAGCAGCAAGCGGGGUGCGCGGUGUGCCCCUUCUGCCGCGCCGCCGUCCGCCUCGCCGAGCACCAGCAUGUCUAGCGCAGAUUAGUUCCUUCCUUCUCGGCCGGACCAUGACAUGCAUGGCGCGUCGGUGGAGCUGCGUGGCACAGUAGCAACCUGCGCAUGGGAUGCCUUUUGUCGAGGAUGGAUCACCUGCUAAUGGGAGCGUCAUGGACGUGACAUUUAGACCUAUCAGUUAUCAUUGUGUCACGAACUUAAACUUCCUCUCACGGGUUGUUCAGGCACCAGCACUCGGACAGAAGAGACGUGGACGACACGAGAGCUGCAACGAUCGAGGAAUUUAACACCAUA